CAUGAAAUGCCGUCUCUUUUCAUGAUGUCGAAUCUUGAGAUUACUUUGGUAGAUCUGCGCAGAUUUGUUGUGGUCACAACAUCAUCAACAUCCGCAUCGCCAUAGAAUUCUAGCUGCAGGCAUCCACAAACUCAAACAGAAACUAUGAAGCUAUUAGUUUUUCCUCCCGAAGGGGCGCCUUCCUCUGCGAAGCAAGCGAAGACGGUCAGAUCUGAAACGAAUCAGAAAGCAAGCAGCUCGGACCCUCCUGCCAGG